AUGGCCUAUAGGGUCCUGGGCCGCGCGGGGCCACCUCAGCCGCGGAGGGCGCGCAGGCUGCUUUUCGCCUUUACUCUGUCGCUCUCCUGCACUUACCUGUGUUACAAUCUCCUGUGCUGCUGCGACCACGACCUCGGUCGGAGUCGCCUCCUGGGCGCGCCCCGCUGCCUCCGCGGCUCUAGCUCGGACAGCCAGAAACUUCUCCAGAAGUCCCGCCCCUGCGAUCCCCCGGGGCCGACGCUGAGCGCACCUGCUGCCGCCGUGCCCGCCCCGCGCCUCCCGGCUUCCAAUCUCUCCGGUUCGCCGAGGCUGGGCACCAAGCGGCUGCCCCAGGCCCUCAUUGUGGGCGUGAAGAAGGGAGGCACGCGCGCCGUGCUGGAGUUUAUUCGCGUGCACCCGGACGUGAGGGCCUUGGGCACGGAGCCCCACUUCUUCGAUAGGAACUACGGACGCGGGCUGGACUGGUACAGGAGCCUGAUGCCCAGAACCCUGGAGAGCCAGAUCACACUGGAGAAGACCCCCAGCUAUUUCGUCACUCAAGAGGCCCCUCGUCGGAUCUUCAACAUGUCCCGAGACACCAAGCUGAUUGUGGUGGUGCGGAACCCUGUAACCCGCGCCAUCUCGGAUUACACCCAGACGCUGUCCAAGAAGCCCGACAUCCCCACCUUCGAGGGCCUGUCCUUCCGGAACCGCACACUAGGCCUGGUGGACGUGUCAUGGAACGCCAUCCGCAUCGGCCUGUAUGUGCUGCACCUGGAGAGCUGGCUGCAGUACUUCCCCCUGGCUCAGAUCCACUUUGUCAGUGGCGAGCGGCUUAUCACUGACCCCGCUGGUGAGAUGGGGCGGGUCCAGGACUUCCUUGGCAUUAAGAGGUUCAUUACGGACAAGCACUUCUACUUCAACAAGACCAAAGGGUUCCCUUGCUUAAAAAAAACAGAAUCGAGCCUCCUACCUCGAUGUCUGGGAAAAUCAAAGGGCAGAACUCAUGUACAGAUUGAUCCUGAGGUGAUAGACCAGCUUCGGGAAUUUUACAGACCUUAUAACAUUAAGUUUUAUGAAACUGUUGGGCAGGACUUCAGGUGGGAAUAA